UUUCAUCACCGGGCGAUGCUCUCCGCAUUCUCGUUUCGUCUCUUUUCCAGGCUUUUCCAGGACAAGGCCAGCUUUCACUCGGCUCGCCACCAUGUCGACUGCUUCCAGCUCCGCUACUUGGAAGCUUAGCUCGCGACACUUUUCUACUCUUCCAUGCUGCAAAGACCUCAUCACAAACACCUCCUCAUUACAGCAAAUACUGACUGUUCGCCCUCCUUCUGCGGCCAUAUCACCCGACAUCCCCACCCACUCCCGAAUUGCCGUCCCCGCAGAGGCAACAUGGCAGCCCCUGUGGUGUUAUUGUUCGGCUCUCCUCCUGACUUGAAACUAUCAGCUGAACGGAAUCACGGAAGAAAACACCCCUCCCACCUGACCGCCUCUUCUCGGAAAAAGAAGCUGGCCAAAUUAUUGCAAUCACAAACCCAAGCUGUCGGAGCUGCCCAGGCCGGACAAGAGAGAAGGAGCAGGAAGGGUCUUGCAUACGAAGUGGUUGAAGUUGGGGAGGAUGAGGUUGAGCUCUUUCCAAUCUGCAUGGUGGAUUGGCCGCUGACAGCUUGUAAAUUCGGCGCCGCCGCUCUCGGUAUUCUAUCCUCCUUCGUCGCAUCCGAGCCUGCUGAGACUCGUACCCAGUGCUUUGCCCGCAAAGUCUCUCUCGGAUACUGCCGUCGUCAUAGUUCUGGACUGAACGAAACCACAGUCAAUGGUGAGCUAGACCUCUUCACGGAUGAUGUCAAUUGGGCAUCCGAGGUAGGCGACAGGGGUGAGGUAGAAGAGCUGCAUGAGCGACUAGUGCAACACUCGCAGCGUUAUACCAAGCCGUCACCCGCCAUUGUUGGUACGACAGCGUAUGCUAGUGUCGGGCCUCUGUUACCACUUGGCUCACGUACCUUGACACAAAGCGUUCGUCAUCUCUCAACAAUUCCUAUCGUUGUGGUGUGCGCGACUACCGAUCAUAUGGAUAAUGCUGCCGAAGAUGUGGGAGUGAAAGGUGGACAUUGGAAAGAAAAGACAGAUCGAGCACAGCAGGUACUGAGAACUGUCUGUUUGGCCUAUGGCGCCGCUCUGUACUACACUGCCCCUACCCAGCCUACGACAUACGCUCUCCUGAAGAGCUAUCUCCUCCACAGACUGUAUACCGUCCCGCCUCCACUAAUUCCGCCGCCAACCUCCCCAAACACCGUAUCCGCACCCGCCAUCGUCGGCUCUACCAUAUUCCCCUUCAACCACCGAGCCAACGCGCUUGACAGAGAUGCUGUCUUGGUACCCAGCGGAUGGGAUAGUUGGGGCAAGAUCGAUGUUUUGAGAGAUGGUUCCGACACCGCACUGGUGGAGAAGGGUUGGAAAGUCAGCUUGAGCAAUGUAUUGCCCAGUCUGCGGGUCGAGAGCCUGAAGAGGAUAAUGGAGAACCUCUCGAAGAGUUCUGGCAGGUGCUUCUUCCUUCCUUCUUACCCGAGUCCUCUCAAAUCUUCCUUUGCCGUCAACUCGACCUCCUCAUCAAAGACCCCAACCGAGACCCCCGCCAACCUUUCCGCCAUGCCGCUUCCGCCACCUAAUCCUCCAACGUUCCCUCUGCUACCAAUCCCGGCGCGAGUGGGUUCGGCAAUACCGCCGUGGGACCUAUGGGCGGUGCUGCCGAGGGUUUGA